AUGACCAGUCUGAUGGAUCAUCUAUGGAGUCCAUUGUCUAUAAAAGUAGAUGUAAUGAGUAUACUAAUGCGAAUGCUGCACGUUCUUCAAGCUGUGGAAAGACAAGAAGAGCAGGAUAAUAAAAACCCACCUGGCGGGCUAUUCCAAUUACUGACUGUCACUAGUCUUCUCACAGCCAGUCAGAGAAUGUCGCGAGAUAGUAAGAGGAGCCAAAGAGACUGGGACGAUCAGGCACAACAGAGCCAACCUCCUCCUAAACGAACUGGCUUUAUUGGCACCGAACAGCCUGCUCUGGAUUUGGAUGGAAUCAAAAACAAGGACAAGAACAAGUACCUUCCUGUGCAUCUACAAGAAGUUCGUGAUGAAAGGGGUCGAAAGAGAUUACAUGGUGCAUUCACUGGUGGUUUCUCGGCUGGCUACUACAACAGUGUUGGCUCAAAAGAAGGAUGGGCUCCUUCUCAAUUCAAAUCGUCAAGAGGUGAAAAAGGAGGCUCCAAUCCGGGAAAUGCUACUGCUCGUCCUGAAGACUUUAUGGAUGAGGAAGAUCUACAGGAAUUGGCUGAUUCAAAAAAGAUUGCCGCCACAGAUGAAUUUGAUGUACUAGGUGGUACCGAACGUGAAUUACAACGAAGAAGAGCCGUUGCUUCCUCCCAGAUGAAUCAGAGUGCUGUAGGCCCAUUACCCACAAAAGUCAUUGCUGACCUGAUUGGGCCAUCGACAGAUCCUAUUGGAAUCAAAUUGCUAAGACAAAUGGGCUGGAGAGAAGGUCAAGGAGUUGGUGCUCGAGUCGCUCGCAGUGGGGAGACUGAAGACAUUCAUGCAACCAACGUCUUGUUUGCUCCAAAGGACAGCACUUUAAUUUCUUAUGAGCAAAAGACAAAUGUCUUUGGAUUAGGAUUUGAUCCAUACAAGAACGCCCAAGAAUUUACCUCAAGAGACAUGCAAAUAGAUGAAGAGACCGAAGAAACCCCUGAACCACGUCGAGGACAAUUUGGAAUGAAGGGUGGCUUCGGAACUGGUAUGUUCGACGAGGAUGAUGAAAUCGGUGGCGAUGAUGAUGUAUACGAUACAAAGAGUUCAUUCACCAUGGUAAUUGAUGACGACGAGGACGAAUUUGAUGCUGCGACUAUAAAGAAAAGACUACAAGCAUUAGAAAUGGAAAAGAAGAAUAAAUCGUCUGGCAAUCGUAAAAAAGCGAAAGCCUUCUCAGCAAGCAGAGCUCAGCCAUUGCCUGCUACCAGAAUCCAGUUUUGUCAUGAUGGUAAGCUACCUUUACGCGGCUUUGAAUUGGCUAUAAAUCCAUCACCAUUGACAAAAUGGUUUGAGCCGCCGCCUCUACCAUCGAAUUUCCUACCCAUGCAUCACUUUGAUAAAUCCGGUCCUAGACCAGAAUUAUCUACAAAACCUCUAGCAUGGUCUUCUGCCCAACAACAAUCAACCCUUACUGCUGAUCAACGUCGUGACAUACUGGGCGAAAAGCCAUUAGAUGGACCUUCACGAUCAGUUUUCUCGUUUAUACCCAUAAAAGAACAAGAUAGAUUAAUGGAGUUUCUUGACCGGGCAUCGUCAUCGAAUGCCAAAUUAAAACAGGACAAGAAAGAAGAAGAAGCAAUAAAGGAAAUCCCAAAGGUUGACAAGGUACAGGCUCAAGCAGCUUUGAAAGGGUUUAUGCCGUUUGGGGGUGAUGCAGCCAAACAAGGUCGAUACACGAGAUUCUUGCAGGUGCAUGCUGGUAUAGAGACCGAACUAGCCAAACCUCCCCCAGACAUGCUACCUAGAGACGCUCAUCACGAACUUGUAGAGUUUUCCAAGGCUGCUCAGAUAUUUCAACCCUUGUCUGCCACCAUGGCUUCUCGAUUCACAACUGCAUCAUCUGGUGCACCUGCUACCGAAACAAAGGUUGUUGAAAAGGUCGUACCGCUGCAUAUCAUAACUAGAUCCAAGGAAAUAUUCUACCCAAAUCGUCUUUUAUGUAAACGGUUUAAUGUACCAAACCCAUAUCCUGAUCGUAAAGAUGAUUCGGCUGCUGGAGGUACAGGAGCUCCUGAUGUCUUGAAUCAGGAUAUAAUGGAUGAACUCCUACGUGAACGGGAUAACAAAGUCGCUCAUGGUGAUUUGACCAUGCUAGGAGGUCCAACAACUGAAAUGUUGGGACGUGAAACAGCUGCCGAUGAUGGGAAUCAGCAGCCCAUUUCAGAUGCCGAUGCCGAGCUAGAACAAUUCGGCGGUGCUGGUAUAGCGGAUACUGAGCCCGAACGACCAACCAUGGAUAUUUUUAAGGAUAUAUUUGGUGAUUCUGACGACGACGAGGAUGGUGAAGAUCAGGCUGAGGUGAUAGUACCGAAGAUUGCUACUAGUGUUAGUCCUACUACCGAUAAAGCGUCGAGUCUAGCAAUACCAGCAGUAGUAAGCCCAAUCGUCGAAGAACCGCAAAGCUUCCGGCCAGUGUUUGUGUCGAAAGAUAAACGUAAAGCUUCCGAAAAACCUCCUUCGUCACAUAAAGCUACUGCCGUGGUUGUACCAAUGGAAGUUGAUACUCCAGUAACACCAAUAAUAGACCUGGAAGCAGAAGAACCACCACCCGUUAAAUCUAUAAUACCACCAACAACGUCCAAUACUGCUCCUAUGCCCAAACCAGAAAUCAUUGAUGUGGACGCAUCUUCAGACUCAUCCGAUGGCGAAGACGAUGCAGUAGCCAAACAACCAUCGAAAGCAGGUCCGUCUUCAACAAGGAGUACAGCUAGUGACGAAGCAGAACGUAAGAGAUUGAAGAAGGAAGCCAAGAAGGCCAAGAAGGCCGAGAAGAAGCAGAAGCAUAAAAAGAACAAGAAGGAAAAGAAGAAAAAGUCAAAGAAGGAGCAUCACACGGACGAUGAUGGUAUUGACGAUGUAAAAGUGGUGGACAACAAAAAGGAAGAGGUCGGUGCAUUUACUGAAGUGAAGACUCCAACAGCUCGCCCACCAGCUGCUGAUGCUGAUGUAUUUGACUUCAAGAAAAACCGGCCUAGAGCGGUGGAUUACUUGUAA